AUGGAGCGCGAGCGGGCGAAGCGGCUGCGAUAUAAUGAGAGAAGGAAGCGGCAACAGGGCGGAGAGGACGACGACGCUGCAACAAACGGUGAAGCGUGUACUGGAACAUCGUCCUCAAAUCCCAACACCAAGGCGAAGGCAGACACAGACACACCGGAGAGCGCAGACGCCGAAGCCUCCGACGGCGGCACCCGCGCCCCCAUAGGCGAGCAAUACCAGAUCAUUAACGGGGAGAUCGUUCUCGACCACCGCUCCCUGCAGGUUGACCGGCACGCGCGCGCGCGGGAGGAAGCCGGGCUACUGCUCGAGGUCGAAGAGAACGACUUCACGCAUCACACCACCACUGCGACCUACCUCCGCCGCAACCUAAAACCCCAGCAAUGGACCGACGAGGAGACCGAGCUCUUCUACCAAGCCCUCUCGGCGUUUGGCACCGACUUCGACACCAUCUGCCGCAUGUUCAAGGGCAAGACCCGGAAGCACAUCAAGCUCAAGUUCAACCGCGAGGAGCGCCUCAAUCCGGGGCGCAUCAACGCCGCGCUGGUCGGACAGAAGACGGUCAGCAUCGACAUGGAGCACUACCAGCGGGCCACGGGCCAGGAAUACGAGCCGGCCGAGGCCAUCUACGCCGAGCAGAAGCGGGCCGAGGAGGAGUUUGAGGCCAAGCAGAAGGAGCUCGAGGACCAGCAGGCGGAGGAGAUCAGGCGGAAGAAGGAAGAGGUGCUGGCCCAGCUGAGUAAUGCUACGGCCGAGGAAGGAGGCGGAGGGAAGAAGGGGAGGGGCAGGAAGAAGAAAGGGCCUGCUGUCGUGGGGCUUUGA